AUGGAGAUGGCGGGUACGCGGGCAGGUCUGGUCGCAGGCUUGCCGGUCCCGCGGGUCGUCCCCAGCCCGGACUCAGAUUCGGACACAGACUCGGAGGACCCGAGUCCUCGGCGCAGCGCGGGCAGCCUGCUCCGCUCUCAGGUCAUCCACAGCGGUCACUUCAUGGUGUCGUCCCCGCACAGCGACUCUCUGACCCGUCGGCGCGACCAGGAGGGGCCUGUAGGGCUCACCGACUUCGGGCCGCGCAGUAUCGACCCUACACUCACCCGCCUCUUCGAAUGCUUGAGCCUGGCUUACAGUGGCAAGCUGGUCUCUCCCAAGUGGAAGAAUUUCAAAGGCCUCAAGCUGCUCUGCCGAGACAAGAUCCGACUCAACAACGCCAUCUGGAGGGCCUGGUAUAUCCAGUAUGUGGAGCGGAGGAAGAGCCCCGUGUGCGGCUUCGUGACUCCCCUGCAGGGGCCUGAGGCUGAUGAGCACCGGAAACCAGAGGCCGUCGUCCUGGAGGGGAAUUACUGGAAGCGACGCAUCGAGGUGGUGAUGCGCGAGUACCACAAGUGGCGCAUCUACUACAAGAAGCGGCUCCGUAAGUCCAGCAGGGAAGGGGAUCUCCUGGCCCCUAAGCAGGCGGAAGGGGGGUGGCGGCCGCCAGAGCGAUGGUGCCAGCAGCUCUUCUCCAGCGUGGUGCCUGUGCUGCUGCGGGGCCCAGAGGAGGAGCCUGGCGGGCGGCAGCUCCUGGACCUCGAUUGUUUCUUGUCCGACAUCUCCGACACCCUCUUCACCAUGACUCAGCCCAGCCCCUCGCCCCUGCAGAUGCCCCCCGAGGAUGCCUACGUGGGCAAUGCUGAUAUGAUCCAGCCAGACCUGACGCCUCUGCAGCCCAGCCUGGAUGACUUCAUGGAGAUCUCAGAUUUCUUCACCAGCUACCGCUCCCCACAGACGCCCAUGCCUUCGAACUUCCCGGAGCCCCCCAGCUUCAGCCCCACAGCUGACUCCCUCUUCAGCAGUGGGAUCCUGGGCCCAGAGGUGCCCCCGGCCUCCACGAGCAUGGCCCACCUCUCAGGACAUAACCGCUUGCAGGCUCGGAACAGCUGCCCUGGUCCCUUGGACUCUAGUGCCUUCCUGAGCUCUGAUUUCCUCCUUCCUGAAGAUCCCAAGCUCAAGCUCCCACCACCUCCUGCACCCCCACCUCUCCUCCAAUACCCUCCCCCUACCAAGGUGCCAGGCCUGGAGCCCUGCCCCCCACCUACUUUCCCUCCCAUGGCUCCUCCUGUGGCUGUGCUGCAGGAAGAGCCUCUCUUCUCUCCCAGGUUCCCCUUCCCUAGUGUCCCUCCUGCCCCAGGAGUGUCCCCACUGCCCAUUCCCACAGCCUUCCCACUCACCCCACAGGCUGUCCCAGGCCCUGUCCCCACCCCCUAUCCCAUAGAGCUGCUACCCUCAGGGUAUCCGGAGCCUGCAUUUGGGCCUUGCUUCUCCGUGCCGCAGGGCGUGCGGCCCCGAAGCAAGCCCCCCAUCCCAUCCCCUAGGGGACGAAAAGCCAGUCCCCCCACCUUGGCCCCUACCACUGCCAGCCCUGCUGCCACUGCUGGAGGCAACAACCCCUGUCUCACACAGCUGCUCACAGCAGCCAAACCUGAGCAAGCCCUGGACCCACAGCUUAUGUCCAGCCCCCUCCUGCGGCCCCCAGGGUCUCCGCAGGAGACGGUCCCCGAAUUCCCUUGCACCUUCUUUCCCCCACCACUGGCCCCUACACCGCCCCGGCCACCUCCAGGCCCAGCCACAUUGGCCCCUCCCAGGCCUCUGAUUGUCCCCAAAGUGGAGCGGCUCUCGCCUCCAGCACCCAGUGGCAGUGAACGGCGGCUGUCAGGGGAGCUCAACUCUGUACCAGGCCCAGGGGCUCUGAGUGUCUGCGUCUCUCCCCCUCAACCCAUCCUAAGUCGGGGCCGUGCAGACAACAACAAGACUGAGAAUCGGCGCAUCACACACAUCUCCGCGGAGCAGAAGCGGCGCUUCAAUAUCAAGCUGGGGUUUGAUACCCUUCACGGGCUUGUGAGCACACUCAGCGCCCAGCCCAGCCUCAAGGUGAGCAAAGCCACCACGCUGCAGAAGACAGCCGAGUACAUUGUCAUGCUGCAGCAGGAGCGGGCGGCCAUGCAGGAGGAGGCCCAGCAGCUGCGGGAUGAGAUCGAGGAGCUUAAUGCGGCCAUUAACCUGUGCCAGCAGCAGCUGCCUGCUACAGGGGUGCCCAUCACACACCAGCGUUUUGACCAGAUGCGAGACAUGUUUGAUGACUAUGUCCGGACCCGUACACUGCACAACUGGAAAUUCUGGGUAUUCAGCAUCCUCAUCCGGCCUUUGUUCGAGUCCUUCAAUGGGAUGGUGUCCACGGCAAGCUUGCACAGCCUCCGUCAGACCUCGCUGGCCUGGCUGGACCAGUACUGCUCCCUGCCUGCUCUCCGGCCAACUGUCCUGAACUCCCUACGCCAGCUGAGCACAUCUACCACUAUCCUGACUGACCCAGGCCGCGUACCUGAGCAAGCCACACGGGCAGUCACAGAAGGCGCCCUUGGCAAACAUUUAUAGUCCCAGCCAGACCCUGCUGCUCACCCAGCUGUCCCAGUGCUGCCUUCCCUGGGCAUGGGAUCCAGGGACAGCUUCCGGGCACUCCCUU